UUCGGCCGGAAGUGAUGCACAGGAAGUUACGCCCUGGAGGCGGUCCCUGGUGGUGGAGGGCGUCGCGAUGGGAGGGGCGGAGCGUCUGUGGUCAUCCUGGAACCUUGGAUCCGGGGCAGUUUUGCAGAACACUGAUAUCAAUGGACUCUAACAUGGACUUCAUUUAAAGAAAUCCACCGACCAUUAUUGGACAAAAACAUGAAUCAAUUUGUAUUGUGGCAUUCAAAUCCUAGCACUUUGGGAAAGGUUUUGGAGCCCUCUCUUGCAUCAGAACUCUGUCCUCCUAAUCCUCUGAGUGUCAUCUCAGGAUCCUGGGCACACUCAUGGCACGAUGGCCAACCCUCAGGAGCACCUGAGCUGCUCCUCUUCCCCACACUUACCCUUGAGUGAAAACAGAACCUUCAAUGGACUACAAGAUGAGCUCACACCUACGGGGAGCCACCCUUCACCCAAGCUUCUUAAGGACCCGCAGGAAAAGGGGGGAGUACACGCAGAGCUAACCGAGAACAUGAACAGCCCCAUCACCACAACAGUGUUGACGAGUGUGAGCGAAGAUUCCAGGGACCAGUUUGAGAACAGCGUUCUUCAGCUAAGGGAACAAGAUGAAUCGGAAAUGGCCGUGUCUCAGGGGAACAGCAACACCACGGACAGAGAGAGCACAAGUGGAACCGAAGACAUCAAGAUUCAGUUCAGCAGGUCGGGUAGCGGCAGUGGUGGGUUUCUGGAAGGACUAUUUGGAUGCUUGAGGCCUGUAUGGAAUAUCAUUGGCAAGGCAUAUUCCACUGAUUACAAAUUGCAGCAGCAAGAUACUUGGGAAGUGCCAUUUGAGGAGAUCUCAGAGCUGCAGUGGCUGGGUAGUGGAGCCCAAGGAGCUGUCUUCUUGGGCAAGUUCCGAGCGGAGGAGGUGGCCAUCAAGAAAGUGAGAGAACAGAAUGAGACGGAUAUCAAGCAUUUGAGGAAGUUGAAGCACCCUAACAUCAUCGCUUUCAAGGGUGUUUGUACUCAGGCCCCAUGUUACUGCAUCAUCAUGGAAUACUGUGCCCACGGACAACUCUAUGAGGUUUUGCGAGCUGGCAGGAAGAUCACACCCCGAUUGCUAGUGGACUGGUCUACAGGAAUUGCAAGUGGAAUGAAUUAUUUGCACCUCCAUAAAAUUAUUCACCGUGAUCUCAAAUCACCUAAUGUUUUGGUGACUCACACAGAUGCAGUAAAAAUUUCAGAUUUUGGUACAUCUAAGGAACUCAGUGACAAAAGUACCAAGAUGUCCUUUGCUGGCACAGUCGCGUGGAUGGCACCAGAGGUGAUACGCAAUGAACCUGUCUCUGAAAAAGUCGAUAUAUGGUCUUUUGGAGUGGUGCUUUGGGAGCUGCUGACAGGAGAGAUCCCUUACAAAGAUGUGGACUCUUCAGCCAUCAUUUGGGGUGUUGGAAGCAAUAGCCUACACCUUCCAGUUCCUUCCACUUGCCCUGAUGGAUUCAAAAUCCUUAUGAAACAGACAUGGCAGAGUAAACCUCGCAACCGGCCUUCUUUCCGACAGACGCUCAUGCAUUUAGACAUUGCUUCUGCUGAUGUUCUUGCCACCCCACAAGAAACCUACUUCAAGUCUCAGGCUGAAUGGAGAGAAGAGGUGAAAAAACACUUUGAGAAGAUCAAAAGUGAGGGAACCUGUAUACACCGAUUAGAUGAAGAACUGAUUCGGAGGCGCAGAGAAGAGCUCAGGCAUGCUUUGGAUAUUCGUGAACACUAUGAGAGAAAACUUGAGCGGGCUAAUAAUUUAUACAUGGAACUGAGUGCCAUCAUGCUGCAGCUGGAAAUGCGGGAGAAGGAGCUCAUUAAGCGUGAGCAAGCAGUAGAAAAGAAGUACCCUGGAACUUACAAACGACACCCCGUCCGUCCAAUAAUCCACCCCAACGCCAUGGAGAAACUCAUGAAGAGGAAAGGUGCGCCUCAUAAAUCAGGGAUGCAGACCAAACGGCCAGAUCUGUUGAGAUCUGAAGGUAUCCCCAGUAUGGAGGUGGCUCCCGCCGCAUCCCCUUUGUCUGGAAGUCCCAAAAUGUCCACCUCAAGCAGCAAGAGCCGAUAUCGGAGCAAACCCCGCCACCGCCGAGGGAAUAGCAGAGGCAGCCAUAGUGACUUUGCAGCGAUCUUGAAAAACCAGCCAGUGCAAGAAAAUUCACCCCAUCCCACUUAUGUACACCAAGCUCAAUCCCAGUACCCUUCUUCCCAUCACCAUAAUCCUCUGCAGCAGCAAUACCAGCAAUGCCCUCCUGCCGUGCCUCAGAGUCACCAUCCCAGACUCAACAUGCACGGACAGGACAUUGCAACCUGCGCCAACAACCUGAGGUAUUUUGGCCCAGCAGCAGCCCUGCGGAGCCCACUCAGCAACCAUGCUCAAAGACAGAUGCCUGGCUCUAGCCCUGACCUCAUCUCCACAGCCAUGGCGGCAGAUUGCUGGAGAAGUUCUGAGCCUGACGAGGGCCCAGCUGGCCCCUGGGGCUGUUGUCAGGCUGACCCUUAUGACCCCUGCCUCCAGUGCAGGCCAGAACGGUGUGGUUCUUUAGACAUACCCUCUGCUGAGCCAGUGGGGAGGAGACCCGACCUUUUCAAGUCACCAGCACACAAUCCCCUCUCGGAAAAUGCCCAGGGUUCUGAGAAAAUGGAAGAAAAUGAAUUCAAAGGCUGUAGGUCUGCAUCAUCCCUUGGCAUCCCUCAUCACGUCACCCCCCCAGUGCUACCUCGAAACACAAGGCCCCUGCAAAAGAGUGGAGAUGACUCCUCAGAAGAAGAAGAAGGGGAAGUAGAUAGUGAAGUUGAAUUUCCACGAAGACAGAGGCCCCAUCGCUGUAUCAGCAGCUGCCAGUCGUAUUCAACCUUUAGCUCUGAGAAUUUCUCUGUGUCUGAUGGAGAGGAGGGAAAUACCAGCGACCACUCCAACAGUCCUGAUGAGUUAGCGGAUAAACUGGAAGACCGCCUGGCGGAGAAGCUAGAUGAUCUGCUGUCCCAGACGCCAGAGAUCCCCAUUGAGAUAUCCUCGCAUUCAGAUGGGCUCUCUGACAAGGAGUGCGCCGUGCGCCGCGUGAAGACGCAGAUGUCUCUGGGCAAGCUGUGUGCGGAGGAACGUGGCUACGAGAAUCCUAUGCAGUUUGAAGAAUCGGACUGUGACUCUUCAGAUGGAGAGUGUUCUGAUGCCACAGUCAGGACCAAUAAACACUACAACUCUGCUACUUGGUAAUGAAAGAAAACCCAUCCUGAAGAUCUCAUGACUAUACUGGCAUUUCAGAUCCAUCCCACCCCCAGACUCUUCCCACUCUCUCCCUGCUUUUUCGUCUGGGAAGAGAGCUGCCCCCUCUUUCUUACCCCUAGAAAUGAGCUGCAAUAACAGGAACAUGAGACUUCGCAAAUCUCUUGGAAAAAAAUAUCCAAAUGAAAUUAAGUCUCACUGAACAUUUCAAUCAAGAAUGGCAGGGAUCUAUUUUAUUGAAUAUUCUAGCUACUGUAACAUUGAUAUUUAUUUUUGUUUGACAUUUUAACACUUUGUACUGUAAAGAGUGAACUAUAUAUGAUAUAGAGACAGACACAAUAAUUUCUUGCAAAAAGAGAGAGAGAGAUAAAGGAAGAAAGAAAAAAAAGAAAGAAGUGGAAUUUAGGAGCAACAUCGUUGGGAAUUUGUGGGGCCAGGAGAUAUUAUUGCUACUUGAACAAUGGGGACCAGUUCUUUUGGCCAUAAGAGACGAAGAAGAGCCAGAGCAAGACAUACUGAUUAUUUUAGAAAACAAAGAAAAGCAAUUCCAGGUAACUUGUGAACAGACCACAUUAAGUUCAACCAGCUUGCCCACAUGGGUGAUGGAAAUGAUCUAGAAGAGACUGAUGACCAGAUACUUGCACCCAAGGUCCUUGAGGGCAUGUGCUUCCUCUAGGAGGAAAAAAGACAACUACACAUCUGGAAGCUGAUUUCAUUUUAAGAACUUGAAGCAGCAUUUGGUAGUGAGACUUACAGAUAGCAUCAAGCCUUGUCUUUGACAAAUGCUUCCCUUUUUAAUGCUGUCAUUGUCAUUACCUUGACAAAUGUGUUACCUUGACCAAUGUGUUGAUUUUUCAGACUCAAGUGCCAUUUUCGUAUAGCCUAUUUCCUUUCCACCUGUUGACCACUUCCUUUAGGAAAAAAGGCAGGGGGUGCCAAAAAGAGAAAAAGGAAAUUUACAACAGUAUUAGAAAAGCAAAUGUGGAAUUUGUGAAAGCGCAUUCUCACAAUGUCUCAGUUCAGCUACGUGAAGAAGAUCAGAUCACCCCUCUGUGGAACCAGGUUACUUGUCUACUAGAGUCAUAUUGAUUCAAACAGAACAGACUUUGAAGGCAGCUAGCGUGUGUGUGAGUCUGUCCAAAGUCCAAUCCCGAACCACCCCCUUGUUUUUAUUCAUUAACUCAUUCUAUCUGGGAAGCUUUAGUGCCUGGCUACCACUAUCAGGAUAAAGGCAGCAUAAGCAACUUGUAAAAGUCAACCCCUCCCACAUUACAGUAGCAUUUUUGUUAAAUGCAACUGGUAAAGUGUAUUUUACUGCACUUUGGAUCAAUGCAGUUAGAAUAAUUGAAUCUGGAAAUUUAUAGAAAGAACAACUGAUGCUGAGCAGCAAUUAGAGAGAUUUUACAUUGUCCAAGACAUGAGGUCCUGGCUUGUCUCUGGGGUCACAGUCUUUGAAAAGCAUCCCAAGGAAUUUCAUCAUGCCUCAGCUUCAAGGAAAUUUUUAUCUAGAAUUUUAUAUAAAAACGGGUGUUGGCCUAGUUUCCAUCUCUGUCUCCAAGAUAGGUUACUGUCAAACAACCUCUCUAGGCUCAAGACCUGAAGAACAUGGCUUGACUCUUUGACACUGCAUCACGUUGGACAUUAGGAAAGACUUACACAUUACAGGUAUUAAACUAUUUCCAACAAAGAUGAAAACGUUGCCCUCUGCUGGGGGUCGCCGAUUGCAUCAGCCAAAAAGGAAAGGUGGAGGGAAUUUAGAGCACUUCCUUUGCUUGUCUGAUCCCUCCAUGUGUUUACACUUUAUGUUGAGUCGUUGAUUUAAAAUUUAGUGUCUAUAAUUUAUAGCUCUUAGGUAAGAUGAAGGAAAAUGUUUAACUUAUACAGAGAGCAGUAUUGUUUGCAUUAAAUUAUUCCAUUUUGUAUAAAUUCUGUAGCUGGACUACAUGAAAGAUCUUAAGUUAUGGCAUUAUUAUCACUGUUAUUUUGUUUUAUAAUAAUUAUCAUUCUCAUUUUCUGUCGAUCAGAAGGUGUGGCUUUACAGUGUAGCACAAUGAUUGUGUUUAUUGCUAACCAUGAAUAAUUAUGGGUUUUUAUGAUUUUUAUGAAGGAAUGAAAAUGGAACUGCCAUUUGGGAGCUCCCUGGUAUUCAUCUUAGUUGUAUUCCCUCAUUUUCUGUGUGCAACAACAAUCAUCUGAGGAUGCG